AUGACUUCCCACCGCGGCAUCCGUCGUCGCAUCGCCGUGGUCGCAUCCCUCCUCACCCUCUUCCUCAUCUACCACUUCACAUUCGGCUCCGUCCCAUAUAAACCCUCUUCACCCUCGUCCUCCGUCAAGAACAAUGCACGCCCCAGCUCCACCUCGAGCUCUAGCAAGAAACAACCACAAUGCCCGCCCCUCCCAGGCAUCGAGGACGUCCUCGUCAUCAUGAAAACCGGCGUCACAGAAGCCCUCGAUAAAGUGCCCGUGCACUUCCAAACCACCCUCCGCUGCAUCCCCAAUUACAUCAUCUACUCCGACUUUGAGGAGAAAAUCGAGGGCGUCCAAAUCCACGACGCCUUCCGCAACGUCAGCCCCGUCGUCAAGGAGAACAUCGAGGAUUUCCAAAUCUACAAUCGCCUUUCCAAGCGCGGCCGCGAGGGCCUACAGACACAAGACUUCGCCGACGAGGCGAACUCCGCCAUCGGCAAACCCAACAACCCGGGCUGGAAGCUGGACAAGUGGAAGUUCCUGCCAAUGGUCAAGGAGGCCUACACGCACAAGCCAGAAGCCAAAUGGUUCGUGUUCAUGGAAGCAGACACAUACUACUCGUGGCCGACACUCCUCUCCUGGCUCUCGCACUUCGACACCUCCAAACCACACUACAUCGGCACGGAGACCCAAAUCGCAGACGUCAUCUUCGCGCACGGCGGGUCGGGCUUCGUGCUCUCCAACCCAGCCAUGAAGCUCGCAGCGGACGAGUACACCGAGCGACCGGACGAACUGCACGAGUAUACGGACGCCCACUGGGCGGGCGACUGCGUGCUCGGCAAGGUCCUCUCGAACGUCGGCGUCCCGCUCUCCUUCUCGUGGCCGAUCCUGCAGAACUCGAAUAUCGGGGAGCUGGAUGAGUUCACGACGAUGUUUUACCGCCGGCCGUGGUGUUUCCCGGCUGUGGCAUUCCACCACCUCUCGCCGGACGAUAUCCGGUUUCUGUUUGACUUUGAGCAGCGGAGGCUUGCGAAGGCUGCAAAAGGACCUCUUCUUCACAGCGAUGUUUUCAAGGAGCUCAUCUUCCCCGAGCUCUCCGAUGUACGAAAUGGUUGGGAUAACCUUUCCGACAAGGAACAGUCGUCGCUUUCUACGUUCCAAGAAUGCCAGUCUUACUGCGAGGAUGCUGCCGAUUGUGUGCAGUUUGUUAUGCGUGAUGGAACAUGCUACACUGGUGCGACACCACGGCUUGGGUCCAAAAACUCGGACGCCCGGUCUGGAUGGAUCAUAAACAAGAUAGAGAACAUGGUAGACCAGGCACCUCAAUGUGUUCGACCGGACUUUGGGUUAUGA